GUGCAAGUGUUUUAUUAAUGAUAGAAGCUAAAAACUGUGGUGUGGUUGCUUUACAGGAAAGUUGCUUACAUCGGAGGCAGAGACACCCCUUUUCUGCUGGGGACUGUCUAUGUAGCAGAGCAGAAAGCUAGAGAUUGGCAGAGAGAGAAACACAGAAAGAGAGAGAGAGAGAGAGAGAGAGAAAGAGUGAAAGCACAUGCACUCCCUAUAAUGGUCGGUUAAAAGUGGACACGUUCACCUUCGUCCUCACAAAAGUGAAUAUAAAGUCAUUUUAUUCAUCUCUACCUGGAUUAUUAUUUGUCAUUCUGAAGAGUUUUGUCUCCCGAACACGUGUUGAAGACUCAGAGACAUGUUGCUCAGGAGGAUUCCCUGCAACCACAGCCAGUCCUGAAUGUGUGCAGCAGCCAACUAUAUACUCCCACUGAGGAGACAAAGUGAGGGCUUGGCGAAUCCGGGCAGGCUGUGUGGGGGGGUGUCGAUGCCCACCCAUGCCCCUGGAGCCCGGUCACGUGGAGCCCCCCACGACCCAGAGAUGGACCUGGCCUGGCAGGAACUGAUGGCCAUCACAGAUCUUCAGGAUUUUGAGGUCCCCCAUGAUGGCCCAUAUGAAAGUAUUCAGUACCAUCCCACAGAGCCACCUAGAUCUCUGGGAAGUUAUAGCAUAGCUCAGUCUCACUCUCAUACACAGUCUGUCCCCUGUUGUGGUGAGACAAACCGUGAUUUUGCAUAUGAGGGAACCUACUCUGAUGUAAUGCCAGCCUGCCAGCAUCAGGCUACCAGUGAAUUAACUGAGGCAUUGUACAGACAUUCUGGAACUCAUUCUGGAGCCCAGCUGAAUCCCAGAGUUCUGAACCCUCUGCCACCACCACAGAUGAAUUUUCUAGAACAAAUGAGUCUGAUGAGUGUCAGUGGUGAGGGGUCUGCUGGAAAAGACAAUGCUGGCCUCUCUCAAGGUUCGAGUCGACACAUGCUAGGGACUGAUCACAGGCAGGGCAAACACCAACCAUGCACUGUGGAUGAUCUGGAGUCUGACUCGGGCCUAUCGCUGGGGUCUAGCCCACCGCUGGCCUCACCGGAUGAUGUCAUGACCGGCGUACCUGCUUGUUCAAGCACAGAGGUUGGUCUGAACUAUAGUCACAGGGGGAUGGAGAGUAUGGUUGAGCAAGGUAGGAGAGCUAGCCUCCUUUACUCCUUGGAUUAUCAGCAGCAUCCUACCCAGUCCUACCCCUACUCAGGGCCGCACCCCUCUUACUUCCCUGUAACACAACCAUCCCAAAUGCAACCACAGCCUCACUUCCUGCCUCCCAUGUCAAUGAAACAUCAACAGGGUUUACAGAGUGCAUUGAAUGACUUGCACCUUAACAGCUCUGUCAGCAUAGGGAGCUCUUCUCAGGCGUUUUAUGUAAAACCCAGAGGCAACCCUUCUCCUGUCCCUCUGAGCCGGGACGAACGCAGAGCUCACGCCCUCAAGAUCCCUUUCCCUCUGGGGAAGAUCAUCAACCUACCUGUGGAUGACUUCAACGAGCUCCUGACCAAGUACACGCUCACAGACUCCCAGCUCGCCCUCGUCAGAGACAUCCGCCGGCGGGGGAAGAACAAGGUGGCGGCUCAGAACUGCAGGAAGAGGAAGCUGGAGAAUAUAGUUUACCUGGAGGGAGAGCUGGGUCAACUGCAGGCUCAGAGGGAUCACCUGGCCAGAGAGAGAAUGGAGUUCCAACACAACCUGGCUAUUGUUAAACACCGCCUCACAGACUUGUAUGCGGAAGUGUUCUCUCAGCUCCGGGAUGAGGAUGGACAUCCCUACUCUAUAGAGGACUACUCUCUACAGCAGACCCCUGAUGGGAACGUAUACCUGGUGCCACAUGCUGACGUGUUGGAUGGAGAAUAAUGUAAAGACGAAAUCUAUUGGACAGCUAUUGUAUACUGCCUCACUGUUUAUAUACCAUUAUGAAAUGUUGAUACAUCUACAGUACAGUAAGAGCCAUUAAGUAUACUGAACAAAAAUAUAAAACGCAACAAUUUAAGAGUUUCACUAAGUUACAGUUCUUAUAAGUUAAUUAAAAUAGAUCAAUUAGGCCCUAAUCUAUGGAUUUCAUGACUGGGAAUAGAGAUAUGCAUCUGUAGGUCACAUACCUUUAUAAACAUUUUUUUUAAUGGGCCUCAGGAUCUCACCACAGUAUCACUGUGCAUUCAAACUGCCAUUGCCAAAUGGAAUUUUGUUCAUUGUCCGUAGCUUAUGCCUGCCCAUACCAUAACCCUACUAUGGUGCACUGACAUCAAACCACUCGCCCACACGUUGUCUGCGGUAGCGAGGCAGGUUGGGCGUACUGCUGAGCUGUUUAAUCAGCUUCUUGAUAUGCCACACCUGAGUUGGAAGGAUUAUCUUGGCAAACAGUAAUGCUCACUAACAUUUUUGUGCAUCUUAUUUCAGCUCAUGAAACCAACAUGUUAAUGUUGAACGUGUAUGGCAGCUAAAAGUUCAGAUACUGUGCUCAUGUACAAGCAAGUCAAUAGUUAGUUACAAGUGAAGUCAUAUGGCUAUGCUUGUUCUGGAUACAUUUUAUUCAAUGGUUAAGACCAGUGCCUUCAGAAAGUAUUUAUACCCCUUGACGUAAUCCAUAUUUAUUGAAAAAUGAAAUUUCACACAAGUAUUCACACCCAAAUCAAAAGCUGAUCUAAGUCAAAACUAGGCCACCCACAUUCAAUGUAGUCUUGGUAAGCAACUCAUGUAUGUUGUAUGGCUGUGUUUGUCAUUGUCCUGCUUAAAGGUGAUUUUGCCUCUUAGGGUCUGAUGGAAAGCAGACUGAACCAGAUAUCCUUCAGGUUUUUGCCUGUGCUCAAUUCAUUGUACUAAAAAGAGAGAAAAAAGUUGUCCUUGCAGAUAAGAACACCCAUAACAUGAUGCAGCCACAACCGUACUUAAUGUGCUAGUACUUAACGUACUAUUCAGGGCAUAGUAAUAUCUUGCCAACCGGAUGCAUGGUUGGAAUAUUUGUUCUGUACAGGCUUCCUUUUCACUCACUUAGGUUAGCAUUGUGGAGCAUCAAUGUUGAUCCAGCCUCAGUGUCCUCCCAUCAGCCAUUAAACGGUUUUCAAGUCAUUGGCCACCAUCUCCAGCAACAGCGUUUUGUAGUGUAAUUAGUAAUGUCACCAUGUGCAAAGUGACAUUCAAUAACUCCCUGGUCUUGAUGUUAGAAAUGCACUGCUCAACCUCAAAGAUAAUUGUAUGUGUGGGGUACAGAGAUGAGGUAGCCAUUCAAAUCAUACUUACUGCACACGAGUCCAUGCAACUACCUAAGCAAAUUUACUCUGCAAAAUAGUCACUCCACAUUAGUGGUCGACAUGUUUACACAUUUCAAAAAACAAUUCCACUGACGAAGUUGCAAUUCAUUCCAUGAAAGUUCAGGCUGUAACACAAGGUCGAAAAACUCAAGUGAUGUGCAAACUUCCUGAAAGUGCCUUGUCAUUCAAUCAAGACAUACAUUUGGGGAAAUUAUAUUAUGUCCCUGCAUGAAUUGUAUUAGAGGAUGAGAAUGGUUUACCAUCUAUGCAGCUGUUUAAGCGUAGUAUUUAGCAAAUGCCAGACCAAAAUAGAAGAUAUGUAAAAAUAUUUUAUUGAUACAGAUGUGGGUAAAAAACACAAGUUAAAUCCUGCACAGCAGUAACAAAAAUAACGACCAUUGCAUUUCUCCAGGCACCCUAAAACAGAAGACAAAUCACAACAGCCUUAGAGAUGAGGCUUCAGAUAUUCUCCCACAAAAAUUGUGAAUAUUUCCAACCGUUAAACAGUCACUUACCUUGUGCAAUGUUACGGUGCGCAACGUCAUCAUGCUUUCAGUAGCAGUCCUUCAGAGCAGUUAGUUUCCUAGGAAAUAUCAGAAGAAAAGGAGACUGAGACGAUACAACAUUGAAAGGCGUUAGUCUGUUACCAUUUCAUAGUUUGACUGCCAACAUAUGCAUGCAUUACAAGGAUUGUAGCAUAUCUUUACGAUUAGUGCCAAAGGUCAAUGCCCCUUGUAUUACCAGAUGAACAGGGGGCGGUGAUUUGUACUAAAACAUCUCUGCACAUCCAAAUAAACUGUACAUGGUCAUGAAUGCUAUACUAUUCAUGUCUACAUUAACUACAAGAGUUUGCGCGUACUAACUAAAGAACAUGUUAUUUAAACUAACAGUAGUUGGAAAAGUCUCCUUACCCACAGACAGCAUUUAAGCCAUUUGGUAGCGGCUGCCUGCUAGUCUCAUGCCUUCUUGCUACUCACUCUCCCCUGCUUCACACUGCUCCUGUCAGGCGAUGGGCUGUUUACUAUGACUCGCCCUCAGCUCAGCUGGCUUCCAUGGCUGGCUAGCCUCAAGAGUGCAUCAUGUAAGCUAGCCUUUGCUGGCAGGUGUGCUGUAUGACAGGCGAGUGAUCUAGCCAGCCAACUCAAAUCUCCGGUGCAGUUCUCAAAGAGAUCAUGAACUGUUGACUGAGUAUUAUACUAGCAUAACUUAAUCCAUUGGGACCGUGUUCAGCAAUGACUUCAAAGCUAUGGUAUCACUUUGUCAAACCUUCCUUUGAGUGAUGUGCUGGAUACAUGUUAUUUUCUACAUUCUGUAGUAUGUGCAUUGGAAGACUAAGGACGUCCCACGCAAAAAAUAAAUAAAACAUGGGGCAAGGCAAGUCUCCAUUGACAAGUGGUACUUUUCUUCAAGAGUCAUUGACCUAAUCCAUCAGUCGUGUGGACCUGUAUUUGUUCUAAUGCAUUAAACACCCAAACCAGAAAACACCCUCCCCCUCAUUCCCCUAAAAGACACUAACAAGACUGAACGACAGUUUAAAAAAAACUGAAAGGUGGUUUAUUUCAACUUGAUUGGUUGCAGUUACACAAAAAUAAAAACGACUCAAAGAAAAACUACAUAAAACCUCAUUGGAAUGCUUUCUUUCCAGAAACAUCAAAUAAUCCUGUUUGACAACACAGAAAAACGAAUGAAGCCCCUCCAUGAUUUCUCUAUUGUACACAUCUCUUCUUGUAGCAGAUGUAACCUGCCACAUCUGUUUGGCUGAGCAGAUCUAGGUUGUAAACCUGCAGCUGCCCUGUCACUUGUCUCGCUCUCCUCUCCUAAGUACUGAGUCCUGUUGAACAAUAUGGAACAACAUCAAGUUAAACUGUGUACUGACUGAUGGAAUGACCAGAACCUACUACAUGAGAUCCAGAGCCAGCAUUCUUAACACUUGGCUCAAGAGCUAAAAACACAACUACAAGGACUCUAUGUAUCAAAGUGUAAAAGAAUGGAUCCCCUAGUUUCAGAACACUACAUAUUUAACAAAUUCUAGAAUAUGCGUAAGUCUCAUCUACACACGUUAUGUUUCAAACAGUCACAUUUAAAAACAUACCUUCUGAACAUUUAGAACCGCCGUCCACCGGAGCCCCCACCAUAUCCGCCACCGCCGCCACCCCCACCUGAGCUACCUCCAUAACCACCUGAAAAGAAACAUAAAGGUCAAAGGUUGAAUCAGAAAGAGCCCCCAGAACCUCAUAAAGUACAAAUUAAGAUGUUAAUUUACUGUCAAAUGCUUUGACAAACUGACCGUUCGUCACAUACUAGAUUCUCUGGAAGUACAAAACCAACACGUUUACUUGUUGCUCAGCACUGGCUGAGCAGUUGAUAGCCUGACGUGUGCCACCUACCACCAUAUGGGCCACUGUUCCUGCCACCGCCGCUACCCCCGCCACUGCCACCACCACCGCCGCUGCCACCACCACCGCUGCCGCCACCAAAGUUGUUACCCUUCAUCGGGCCGUAGUUGGAAGCCUGGUUGUUGUAGCUGCCAAAGUCAUUGUAGCCAUUUCCGCCACCAUUGCCGCCGCCGCCACCACCACCACUGCCGCCGAAGUUACCUGCACACAAUUUAAAAAGUCACAUUACUUAGUGAAGAUUAGUCUGGCCAUUUUACACAGGCUCAAGGAUAUUCCCAAUCAUUUGUGUACAGCUCGGAUAGAGUAUUUCAUGCAUCACUUUCAUCAAGUCAGCUAUGACCGAGUUCUCAUACUACUUCUUAUUUAGUAGGCCAUUUCGGUUUCUGGCCCAACGCUCUUAAACACUAGGCUAUCUGCCUACGCCUCUAAGGUUUUGUAUGCGAAAUCUCAGGUCUAAUAUGGUAACAUUUUAUGCUUACUACAUGCCAUUUAGAAGGGAAGUAUAGGUAGAUCAAUACUUUAACCAAACAGAAUGUAGUGUGAGAAUUUGAUCACAGCCUAUGAAGCCAUCCACUUACCAGCAACUGGUGCUGCCUCUUGUGGUGAAGCCAUGGACUUACCGCCGCCAAAGUUCCCGCCGUUGCCAUUGCCAUUGUUGUAGUCGUUAUAACCAUUUCCGCCACCGUAGCCCCCACCCUGUCCUCCGCCAUAACCUCCUUGUCCUCCACCGUAGCCACGGUUACCACCACCAUAACCACCGGGUCCUCCUCCAUAGCCACCUAUAGAAAGUAAGGUUCUAGUCUAAAUACACUCCCAGCAACAAGCGUACACACUAUAGAUAUACAUGGAACCCCGUGGGGGGGGGGGGUACGCACUUUACUGUAAGUCCCUGUGGAUAAGAACAUCUGCUAAAUUACUCAAAUGUAAAUGGACCAGUCUAUUGCUGUGAGUCUCAUGUUAUAGCUCUUCCUGCUGUCAUUUGUCCUACAGAGAAAUCAAAUCUUACCAUCUCCUCCCCCAUAACCAUUGUUGUAACCACCAUCUCCACCUCCAUAUCCACCCCCUCUGCCUCCUGAAACAGACGAGUCAGCAUCACCUAAAGUAUAUUGAAACAAUCACAAGUGGUUAAGUACACGGGUUCAAGCAGAGAUAUUGAGUGGUUCAGGACCACCACAUACCCCGGCCACUGAAGUAUUCAUCACAGCCAAAGUCAUUACCUCCGUAUCCCCCACCUCUGCCAUAGUUGCCACCACCGCCGCCACCACCACCACCACGGCCUGGGAAGAAAAUUAUAAACCAUUAGUACGAGACCAACCUCAGAAAUAAUUAAAGAUUAAACCACUUGCCAUGAAGAAGUCAUGGACUUACCACCCCUCAUACCCAUUCCUGUAGUCUGCAUCUCCUGUCUGGACAAGGCUUUCCUCACUUCGCAAUUGUGACCGUUCAGUGUGUGGUACUUCUGAACUGGGGAUAGAAGAUAGACUUAAAAUUACAGCAGAACACAAAAGGCCAGUGACUUUAAUUAUAAAGAAAGACAUUCAGACCACUACUUACUAACAAUCCUGUCCACUGCAUCAUGGUCAUCAAACGUGACAAAGGCAAAGCCCCUCUUCUUGCCACUGUUGCGGUCAGUCAUAAUGUCAAUUACUUCAAUCUUGCCAAAUUGCUCAAAGUAGUCUCGCAGGUGGGAGUCUUCUGUGUCUUCCUUGAUACCCCCAACAAAUAUUUUUUUCACUGUGACAUGAGCACCUGGUCGGCUGGAGUCCUCUCUGGACACCGCCCUCUUCGGCUCUACGAGCCUACCAUCAACCUUGUGGGGACGUGCUUCCAUGGCAGCGUCAACCUCAUUCACACCAGCAUAGGUGACAAAUCCAAACCCCCUGGAGCGCUUGUUGGCUGGAUCUCUCAUUACCUGUUGGUAAUAGAGAGUAAUGCAAAAAUAUUUCACUUGCACCGAUGUUCAAUGUAUGUUAACCAAUCAAACCCUGACUGACAAUGGAAACCCAUUCCGUAAUACUGCAGCCAACUAGGUAUAAAGGUUUCAAAUGUGUACACAAACACUCACCACACAAUCUGUAAGAGAUCCCCAUUGUUCGAAGUGUGCUCGCAAACUCUCAUCCGUGGUUUCGAAGCUCAGACCUCCGAUGAACAGUUUGCGGAGCUGUUCGGGUUCACGUGGGGCCUGGCCAUAAAGGGAGAAUGCAUUUAGAGCGAAAGCAAAUGAGAGCGAGCGCUACAUUGUAGCGAACUAGGCCAAUCAUUUUGACAUAUUCCUGAAGUUACUCGAAACAAGUUGUGGAGAUCGAACAAUAACAUAUGAUACCGUCAGCACCGUGUAGUAAAAGAAAGGCCUUGACCACGGGUGGUGGAGGUCGACUGCGACUCCAUAUUGUACAUCAAACAAAACGAUUUUUUUAAACCGGGAAAUGUGAACAAACUAUCGAUUAAUAUUAUAGCAAAAGUGUAGGGUAAAACACAAAUGUUACAUUUAACGUCCGCUUCAAAUGGCUAAACAAAACGCAAGAACAAUCAACGCCACGAGGCCUGUAGCUAAGAUGGCGGCAUCCCCACAAUUAUAGCUGCAAUAGACGCUCGUGAAGGGAAAGCCAUUUUGACUAGAUUGGUCAACGUGCACGAUAUAUUAAUACACUAAACGUAUAUAUCACAAAAUUGCAGGUAGAUAUUAAUUAGAAAAACUUACCUCCUUCGACAUUGUGGCUGGUAGUUUCCGAUCCCUUGUUCCUUAUUCGAGGACAGAAAUUCUGCGACAGAGAGACGACCGUGCCUGGAAAGAAAA